AUGGCCUUCCACCCAGCCUCGGAAGAAAAAGAACGAGCGGAAGCUGCACCCUCCUUCUCGUCCUACGAACCCGUCGACCCGGGCUCAAGGUCUCGGUCUAAAUCCCUUGCUGGCCCCUCAAAUACCACGGCCGCCUCGUUCGCUGCGAGUGACGACGCGUCCACAGACCCGCCGAACGACCCGCGCCUGAUCAAGAAGAGGAGCAGCUCCAUGCCUAGGAUGCCGGACCUCCCCUUCCAGCUUGCAGGCGCGGGACACAUCCUCUCCGCGUAUGCGCCAAGCGGCGGGCAGAGUCCACGGAGCCGCGCGCGGAGCGAUUUCAACAGCGAGGCGGCGACAGCGGGGCCGUUGGAACGGGUCGAGAGUCGGGGGAUGCUGCCUCAGCCGGCGGGCGAAGCACCUCACGCCGACCGGCCCGCAACACGAGACGCGGAGGCGAGCAGCAACGCCGGUGGGAAAGAGAAGGUAGCCGAUGAGGCCCUACUGGACCCGAAAUUCUUCCCCUCGCUGCGACGAGGAUCUGCCGCUGGCGCUCUGCCUGGCCCCUCGUCCUCCCAGCCGGACCUACGUCAGCCAGCCACCAUCUCGAACAUGAAAUAUCAGCCCAGAACGGGCGCGGCGCACAGCACCGUCUCACUCCCACCGCACAGGCUGCCGACGUGGUUGAGUCGUGAACCGGGCCCGAGGGCCGGAGACACGCUCGUGUUGCGUGCGAUGAAGGAUUCAGAUGCCGAAGCCGAGGCUGAGGCUGAGGCCGAGCUUGCCGCCGCUCACAGCAAUGCCGAUGGGAAUAGUAAUGGCCAGACCGCGGCUGGUGGCUUCGACUUCCUUCCCCCGGGAGAGGGCGCCAGUCAUACGGCUCCCAUUAGUCAGCAGCAGCAAUCUGCACCGUCCUCGGGUCCCAUCGCAGCAGCAGUGGGGCCCGAGGGGCCGGCGGCAAGCGCUACACCGCCACCGGUACCGUCGGUGGACAACAAGGCACGCAGGAAGAGCGCGGGCAGGUUGAUGUCCUUCUCGAGCAGCAAGAGCAGUCUUGUGAGCCACAGGUACGAGGAUAUGCGGCCGAGAACGCCGCCUGUGUUUGUGGACCAUAAGCUCGGCGGGACUAGUACGCUAGCGGUCGCGGGCGAGGCUGCUGCGGCGGAAGCGGCUCCUGCGGUGUUGAAUGCGGAUGGAGAGAUGCCGAGAGAUGAUGAUGCUGCGGAGGGCGCCGUGCCCCAGCGCGCAUUGACGAAGCGGGAGGGCCAGCUGCUGGCGCUGCUGGGGGAUGAGCGGCGCAGGACGUUGCAGAAGCCAGCCGGUUCCGAUGUUGAUAGUGGAGAGCCGCUGGAAAGUGAUGUCCUAGACGUCUUGCCCGAGGGAGAGGAUGACAACGACGUCGUGAACAAUUUCCCUCGCCGCGCGAUGACGAAGCGGGAAGCGCAGUUGCUGAAGCUGUUGGGAGAGGAACGGCGCAAGACGGUCGAGGGGCCUGCUGGUACCGGUAUCAUUGGCGAAUUGCCAGAACCUGGAGACGAAGUGCAGGUGGGUGGUGAGACGGCUGCAGGGACAAGCCUCCACAGUUGGAACCAGGACGACGAGAUCCGCGAGGUCGAAAACAACUUCCCACAGCGCGCGAUGACGAAGAGAGAAGCGCAGCUCCUGAGCCUACUGGGCGAUGAGCGACGAAGGACCCUGCAGCAACACCGACCGGAUGAUCCGCAGGAGGAGAGCUCGAAGAGUGCUAGUCUACGGACCACGCAGACGAACGAGCAGCUCGUAGGAGCUGAGAACACGGUGCCCCAGCGGACGUUAACGAAGCGCGAAGGCCAGCUGCUGCAGUUGCUUAGGAAUGAGCGUCGCAUAACGCUGCAGGAGCCUUCUUCUGAUGGUGCAUUGGAGUCUGGGAGUAAGGCUCCCGCCGGUCAUACAGCUGAUGGAGAGCUUUACAACGCAGGUUCGAUGCCGCGAAGCCAGAACGCAGAAGUGAUGCCCGAACAAGGUUUCGCUUCUGAGGGCGUGGCGGCAAUACCACAGCAUAACAACGAGGAAGUAGUUGCUGCAUCUGCGGAUAGUCCCAUUCUUGCCAAGCGGGAGAGCCAGCUCUUAGGCUUUCUGGCGCAGGAGCAUAGAAAACGACAUACAGCGCACACGUUCGACCCUGCAGAUACGGCACUCGUCAGUGAUCAAAGGGAGUCAGUGGUGCUGCGGAGAAGUGAGGAAGCCAGGAGGUCAAAGGAGAGGCAGCACACUGCAGCUGAGCUGGAAGGUCCCGUCACGGAACACCUCCAGGAAGAGUCAGCAGCUGCCAUGGUAGAUCAGCCUGAGGAGGACGCUAUCAGGCGGGACAACUCAGUCUCAGUUAGGAGGGAGAGCAAUCUCUUGGCUUUCCUCGCCGACGAGCGGAGGAAGCGCGAGGAUCCGCAGACAGCUGUCGCUUCACCAGUCGAGCAUCCACAGGAAGAUUUGGACGCAAUACAGCCGACACCGUCUGUGGCGACUUCCCAAACGCGGGUUGACAGCGAAAGCCACCAAGCGAGUGAGAGUCCGCUCGGCCUCAGGAGGGAGAGUAACCUGCUUGCUUUCCUUGCGGACGAACAGAAGAGGCGGGAUGAGGCGCAGAGAGCCAGCCCUGUACAGUCUGUGUCGUAUGCUAGUCAUCAACCGGGACCUCUGGGAUCUUCAAUGAGUGCUGCAAGUGAAGAAGGCAUGGGCGAUUUUAGGGGUGGUAUGGAACAAGCUGUCCAAGAUGAGCGACAAAUUACGCUCUCUGCAUUGAUGGCAAACGACCUCGAUAGUCAGCGGCCUCUAGAGGCGCGCGCACCACAAUUGGAGAGAUCAGCAGUGCCAUACCAUCAGAUGGAGUCCACAGAGUCUUUAGGGAGCGGCACGACUGGAGAAGAUUCACUUGCUAUCUCAAGGCGACCAAGCCGAUUGAUGGCUUUGAUGUGGGCAGACUCGAGCAGGGACCGGCUUGCACCAUCGCCAUCAGAACCUGGAUCUCGGCCGGGCACGUCUUCGGCGGUGAGAGCUCUAGAAGAGAACCAUACCGCGAACGAUCAGACGGCUUCGCAGCUUGAAGGGUCUCUUCGUGGUCAGUCUAUCAGAGGCGGUGAGGUCCAGUCUUCAGUCGCAGCCGGAAGUGAGGCACCAAUGACCUAUCUUGAUUACCGCGAAAGUCAACUACUCGGGUUCUUCGCCGCCGAACGCGCACACCAACAUGACCAACCCACCGAAGGUGCCGGAAGAUCUGCAAAUGACAGGCCACGAACAGCGGAUGACGGGCACCUCUCCAUCAAUGAUUCGAGGCCCAGUGACGUAAGCACCCGAAUCGGAAGCCACGCAGCACCAGAUAGCAUCGACCGAGGCUUUGACGAUGUUGAAGGCAAUGAGCGUGGGCGACAGCAGUGGCCUCAAUCGGGUACGCAGCCGUUGCCGGUAGACCAAGCCUCGGUGCAACAUACUGACAGCGGCAUGCCACAGCGUGGCGAAAUCAUGGACGCAGAUGAUGACCGCCCGAUGUCGUAUCUGCCUGUAGCAAGGGACGCUUCGGGGAUUGCGCAGGAGCACAUUGACUUCAACCGUCCUCAAGGGCCGGCCGUCGCGGCAACGACGGAACAGUACACAGAUCAGCCAUCGAGUGGGCAGCAGCACCAUACAGGAGCUCUGUACAGCCAGGACCCUUGCGCGUAUGGUCGGCAGCCAGAUAUCUACGGCGCUAGGCCGCAAGAGGCGGUGAAUCAGAAUGGAUAUAGGCGCCAAAUAGAUCCUGCCAUAGACCCGCGUCAGCAUUCUUCGGAGUAUUCGCUUCCCGGCGUAGGGCCUCCUUCCGCCUCCUCUACACCUGAUGAGAGGCGGAGCAAACGGGGGUCAAUACUGAAGAGUAUGAGCCGAAAAGAAUCACCGAGCGCUUCAAUUUCUGUCCUGACCGAGCGGAUGGAUCCUCGUCUAGUUGCACCCGAGCCGCAGCGUGGUCUCUCUUAUACAACCGACGGCGGCUCGGCAGACGGCAGCAGUACUCACGACGACAAGAGCAGAAGGAGGUCUGGCAUAUUCAGCGGUUUCAGAGCACGUAGCAUUGGUGCAGGUUCACGCAAGAGUAGGGACAGCCCAAAUGGCACAUCUGACGCAUUGCCGAGGGAGCACACGGAGCUGCAGCAUCCGCCCAGUCUGGUCCCUGCAGGUGGUGUUCCUCCCACCCAACUAGUCGCAGCCUAUGAGGAAGAAAAAGCCAAGAAACUACAACGGUCAUCUACGUCAAGCGCGCCGGAGACGCACAAGAAGAAGCGGUUCUCGGGGCUCGCCAGUCUCUUUGGGCGGUCUAAGCAUCGAAGCACGUCUCCAAAGCCGAACAAGCUUUCCAAGUCUGCCUCUAGCGCCCAUCCUAGACACCAAGAACGGUUGCGAGAAGGACAGUCUCACACGCCUUCUCGUAGCAGUACUGUGCACUCCUCUGCGUAUACCGGCGCAAGCAGCCGAUUCGAGUCGGCAACAGUCGUUGGACCUCAUCCAGCUCCUCAAAACAUUCCGCCAAUCCCUUCGAGUAUGCAUAUGGGAGCGUUGCCCACCACACAAGCCAACCCUAUGCCGGAAAGGGAACAAGGCCAGGGAACACCACCAGGUGGCUACUACGCUCCACCCCGCUUCUCCCAUUCUCCUGGCACGAGUGGCUAUUCAGCAAUCGAACAACAAGCAAUGGUAGCCCGACGCGUGUCAUCACCUUCGCUGUCAAGCAUAGGCACCAAUCAGCACGGCCGUCGCACCAGUUCUAUCCCCAGCGAGCCGCGAUACGACACUCCGCCCGUCCCCGGAGCUUACCGCAGCGGCAGCAGCGAGUACGUCUCGCCUGUCCAAGGACCCCAAGGCCCCCAAGGCCAAUGGGGUCCGGGACGCCGGCGAGGCUCGCAAGAUGCCCUGUCCCCGCAAAUAUCCAAUCAGUCACAGCAGAGAGUCACUGCAUUCGAUCUCCUGUCCAAUCCCCACGGCUCACCACCAGCGCAGUCCCAGCAGCGGCAAGGCUCUAAUGGCUACCCGUACAGGCAGCAGACGCGCAUGGGCUCGAUCGUCGAAGCGACACACCAGGAGCGGCCGUGGAAUAUCAGCUUGCCGGAAGGGGCGACUCCGACAGAGGAAGAGCGCGCAGUCAUGAAUGCGGAGAUGUGGGAAAGGGCCAGGUCGGCGCCGCUUUUGCAACAGCAGCAGCAGCGGUAUCAGCCGGAGAAUGUGAAGUUGCAGAACCUCGACCAGUACCCGCAGCAAUCGCAGGGCUUCCAGCGGCAGUUUAUGCCGAGCCAACAUCCGCCGCUGCAGUAUUGUCACCCAGAAGGCUAUGGACAACCCGGCCCUACGCAGCCACAGCAGUAUGGGACUCAGCCUUACCCUGCUCCCCACGCAACCACGUCGCCCGUUGUUGGUACUUCUCCAUCAAACCAGCAACAUACCCGUCCGGCAUUACAGGAUCACCAACACCAAUCAGCCACCAGCAACUACGACGACGACGACGAAGAAGACUUAUAUGCCCCUCCCAGAAGCAGUGGAGCGGAGCAGCAAGCUAGGAACGGCACGCGGGGGACUCAUUCGUCGCAGCCCAGCACCGAUGAUGCAUUGGUGAUGCGAGGGGCGAGCUACCCGGGCCAGGAGUGGCAGCCGAGGUGGGACGGGGAGGAUUGA